AUGUCUGCUCAAACUGCCUCUAACCAGGAUCGUGAUUGGACUCGAUUAGGUCAUUACAUGUCCGACAACAUACCCAUGUUGUCAGACAUGUGCCCCGAUGAGGCCAAUGAUGCUCCGUAUGGUGGAACGGUCGACGCCAUGGUCAGCGACAGCGACGACGCGUCCUUCGCGAUGAACACGUUCUUCUUGCCCAACAUGGACACUGUCGUGUCUGGCAAUGAUGAAGAACGCAACGAGCUUGAAGAAUUGGCCCUUCUGGGCGUGAUAUUCGGCUACGAGCCUGCGCCGGCCAUCAUCAACGACGAAGGCUUCAGGCCCAUCGAUAUGGGAGAGCAGCCUCUCCGCGACAUCACCCACGACGCGCCACCUCAACUCGACAUCACGCCCGGCACCAUGGUAGAAACCAUCGUUCCCGGGUGUCCUGCUCCCCUCCCUGUCUCGUCCUACGCGUCGCCGUACGCGUCUGAGUUCGCGUAUGAGCGCGUCGCAGAUGCCAUCGCGUUGGCGGCGUUGCUACCCGCGUCGCCGACCAUCUGCGCCACAUCUCCACUCUAUCGCGACACUACUCCCUACAGCGUCGCAUCUGAGACCGUGUUCGCGCGUAGUCCGUCUGCGUUCGUCGAGGAUGGGAAGAUGGUUGAAGAGUUGGCGGAAGAUGACGAAGAUGAAAGCAUGGGAGACGAAGCGUCCGUGGCGAGUGGCGAGCGCGAGCGUUCCGAGGACGAUGCGAACCUGCCGCUUAUGGGUGGAAAAAAUAAAGAAUUAAACAAGAAUGCCACAGGCAAGUUGUUGGGGAUUUAUGCUGAGGCUUGUCUGGUCCUCACAAAAGCACAGGCCAUUCCUCCAUACAAACUUUACAUGCUCAACCCAAGACUGGAUAUGGGGAAUUCCCCAAGACCAGGCUUAGCACUGAGGAUCAUGAUACAGAAGAUGAUGGAAUGGAUGAAGAGGUGGAGGAGGAAGAGGAGGAAGAGGAGGACAACGAAAUAG